GCUGGUUGGUGCAUCUAACAAGAUUAUUGCUUUUAAUUGUAAGAAACAAAUCGAUGCUGAAAGUGCUGUUUUUAAUUUUUGUACAAAAAAAGUGUCGGUCUACAGUAUUGAAGAUGAAAUCAUUAAAAAAAUCCACAAGUUCCCCUAUCCUAUGCAAUUAAUGAUUAUAAAAGAAGCAAGUGCAGUAAUAAAUAGAUUGGCAAAAAGUAAAGAUGCCCUAGGACUUACUUUUCUUAAUUCCUGGAGAAUGUUUCAGGAAAUUUUUGAGGAAAGUGAAUAUGAAGUGUAUGAAGAUCAAGAGUUAAUCAACAUUGAAGUAUCAGAAAAAAGUGGAAAAAAAAUAAGUGCAAAAAAUAGACGACUUACCAUGAAUGAGCUAACUGAAAGACUACAAGAAAAAUACUGGAGUGUCGAAGAAAGAGGUGAAGCCAAUGAAGCGGAGGCAUUUAUUUCCAAGCUAAAAGAAGAACUUAGGAAACGAAAAACUUAUCUACAGAUUGCGGGGUUUGCGUGCUCAAACUGUCACCAAACAAGUAGAGAAGACGGAACUAGAACGCUUUUACGAUGCACACGUUGUCGUAUGUCUUAUUACUGUUCGAAAAGUUGUCAAAAAGCAGACUUUUCGUUUCAUAAACAAUUUUGUGCUGCUAUCGAAGAACUUAGUAAUCUUGAAGAGGUUUGGUAUUCAUGUAAUGAUAAAGAAUCAGAAUGGAAUAAGAGAAAAAUUUAUCACAUGCAACUGUUAGCAGCGGCGCUUGAUAGAGAUUUAACUAGUUAUGAGAGUAAUACUUGGUUAAAUCAGCCAAAGUGUCACGUCUGUUUUAGGACCUCUCGUGACUCAGAAAGCCGUUCGGCGUUAAUACCAUGUACGAGUUGCCAUGUUGUCUUUUGUUGUUCAAAUGAGCAUUGGGAACAACAUCGAUCGAAGCACAAAUCUUUAUGUCAAACUUAUCAAAUUAUGGUUCAGUGCGAAAUAAUGAGAUAUCAUGGCACUUCGGAAACACUGUGGGCUCCUGAGGAAUGGGAUGAAAGUUUAAUUUAUCCACCACUCCCAAAAGAUUGGAGUUCUUAUUUGAAAUGGAGAAAAGCACCACAAUUCAAUCAACUAGAUGCUUUGUGUAGAGUAAUAACUAACUCACUAUCACUCCCGCUCACAAUUCUAUCUGCUUUGGAAACAUUUUAUCCACGUAGUCAAUUGCGUUCUUUUGACGAAUUGGUGAUUCAUCUAAUAGGAGCUGGUAAAUAUGAGGUAUCAGCACUUAUGUCCUUCGAAGAAAUUAUGCAUAUACUACCAAACAUAAGGACACUACAACUAAUAUUGAUUGGAAUAGAAUUAACAUCAAAAACAAUGGGAGUUUCUUUACAAUGUUGUCCACGUUGUACUAAAGCUGAUCGAAAACGUAUUUAUUCGUUACAUCCAAUAUCAUAUCAUGAAUAUUCUGCUUCUGAUGAUUUUAUUACUCCCCAAAUUGUCGUUGGUUUCAAUAUUGGUCUGUAUGAAGAAUUUUGGAAACCAUCAAUUGAAUUUUUGAUAGAAAAAGAAUUACCUUGUAUAUUCACUUCUUAUUCCAAAGAUGAGGCAAGUCAAGAUGCUAAAAUGUUGAAGAAUUUGGGAGCAAAGAUUAUUGUGGGUGCUAAGGAAAAUAAAUGGCGGAGUACGAUGCCGCUUGUCGAACCACAAGAAACGGAUAAGUUUUAUUAUAAUAAUUAUUAUAGAACAUUGCUAAAAGGGAAGCGUGAAUAUAUAACACAGCCAAAAGGGAAGCGUGAAUAA